UCUUUGACAUUGGAACAAUUUCUUAUAGUAAACGGCCUCAACCUUAUAUCAGAGAGAGAGAGCCUUUGUUGAUCAGAAGCCGUUAAAAGUUCUUCUCCCCUCUCCUCUUUUCGCCACCUCUUCUAUAUUCUUCUUCUUAACCCUAGAUAUCUCUGCUCCGACCUUUACCUUUUUUUUCUUUCUUAUGUUUUGGGACGAUUUCCUUUUUUUAAUUGUGGUUUUCUUAUUAAUUUGAUCCUGUUUUUGUUUUUCCCACAUUGCAUUUCAGCAACCCAAUGAGAAAAAGUUGAGGACUCUGAAUUCUGAGGUUUUUCCUCCACAAAAAUCAACUCUUGAUCUCUCAAGUUCUUCACUUUUCCAUUUAUAAUAUAGUAAAGUGCUUGAAUUCAGGAUCUCUUGAUCUUUAUUUGUUUUUUCCUACUAGUUCCAUCGCCUUCAUUUGAGAGUAAUUUCUCUGAUUUUCCUUAAUCCGGGGAAACGGAUGAAUGAGUUUCCUGUUUUGUGCAAAUUGAGUCAUCUUCAAAGGAAUUAUUGUUUAGCUUUCAGAAGAUGUCUGGAAGCUAAAUUUUGGACCUGAUUUUAUUCGAAGGGCUGUUGCCUCUUGCAUCUCAAUUGCAUAACGGGAAUUGAAGGAAAUUUGGAUUUGGGUUUGAAGAUGACGAAUUUGUAUGGCGAUUUUAACCAGAAGAUUGAUUAUGUGUUUAAGAUAGUUUUGAUCGGGGAUUCUGCGGUGGGAAAGUCUCAGCUAUUGGCAAGAUUUGCUAGAAAUGAAUUCAGUUUAGAUUCGAAGGCUACCAUUGGUGUUGAGUUUCAGACGAAAACAAUAGUUAUCGAUCACAAGACAAUAAAGGCGCAGAUAUGGGACACAGCUGGGCAAGAGAGGUAUAGAGCGGUGACUAGUGCAUACUAUCGAGGUGCAGUGGGUGCUAUGCUAGUCUACGACAUGACCAAGCGCCAAUCCUUUGACCACGUGGCCCGAUGGCUUGAUGAGCUGCGAGGCCAUGCUGACAAGAACAUCGUGGUCAUGCUGGUUGGCAACAAGUCGGACCUUGGGACCUUGAGAGCUGUCCCUACUGAUGAUGCCAAGGAGUUUGCCGAGAGAGAAAAUCUCUUCUUCAUGGAGACCUCAGCCCUUGAGGCCACAAAUGUGGAGAGCGCAUUUUUAACUGUGCUCACCGAGAUAUAUAGGAUUGUCAGCAAGAAGGCAUUGGUGGCUAAUGAUGAUCAAGGAGGCAAUUCAGCAUUGCUUAAAGGGACCAAGAUUGUGCUGCCUGGUCCCGAUGCUGAGCCCUCAAAUAAGAAGCAAAUUUGCUGCUAUUCCUCCUAGGGAGGCUUGAGCUUCCUAGGAUGCCUAGUGCCUACUUUGGGUGCUAGUCUCACUUUUGGUUUUUGUGAAAUUUGCGGAGAUAUAUAUUGUUUGUUAUUUUUUUCUUUUUUAACUAAUCGAGAAAUUUGAUUUGUCUUUGA